GCAUCUUCCAUGUUGGGCUUAUGAAGUCAUGAUGUCGUAGUUUUUUUUAGUUCUAAUUCAAACAUUUUUUGCUAAUAUUUGUCCUCUCGCCUUUCAACCAGGCAAAUCCAAUAAAGAAGAAGACAGUGACAAGUGAUUUCUACGCCUGCCCGCCACAAGUUAACGUCAUUCGUACAAAAGCCAAGAGGAGUGACUCACGUGGUGGAAAUGUCAUCGCUACGAGAAACUCCAGGACAAGCGCAGUGUCCCCACUGCCAGCAGACGGUGGUCACCCAGAUAGAACACAAAGCAGGCCUGAAGACCUGGGGCAUCUGUGGAGGCCUCGCCCUCUUCGGGUGUUUUCUCUGCUGCUGUAUACCAUUCUGUGUGGACUCCUGCCAGGAUGUGGAGCACCACUGUCCAAACUGCCAUAACACCAUCCAUGUUUACAAGCGAUGGUGAUCACACAGUUUUAAGCAGGGACUUUUUUACCGCGCUCAAAUGUAACUAAGGCUGAGACGUUCUGUGAAAUGUGGCUGUGGCAUGGCAGGUCGUAUAAAUACGCAUUAUAAAUCAGCCGGUGGUAGUCGUGAUUUAGUGCUAAAAUGCAAACCAAUUGGCAUUUUUUUUUUGUGUCUUAGGAUUCUAACAACGUUAAAUGCAAAACCAACACAUGCCGUAUUUCUUUGAAUUGCCGCAGGGCAUAUAGUAUGCGCCUGCCUUGAAUUACUGCCGGGUCAAACUUGCUUUGCAAAAUAAUUAGCACAUGCUUAGUAUUACCGCCUGGUCAAACUAGUGAUGUCACGAGUGACACUUCCCCUGUCAUAAUUUUCAAAAUGGAGCAGACUGAUUUCAAUACCAGUAAUUUUAAAUCGCAUAAAGGGAAGAAGAUUAAAAGCUAUUCAGUAGGAUUUAAGGUCCAAGCUUACAUCACACUCAAUUUUUUACUGCAUGCCUUUGAUAAGUGCCGGAGUGAGAAGAGGUUUUAAAAUAAUUAGCGCAUGCUUACUUUUACCGCAUGCCUUUGGUAAACGCAGGAGUGAGAAGAGGUUUUAAAUUAAUUAGCGCCCCGGCGGCAAUUCAAGGAAAUACGGUAUGCUAAGCUCGCUUGCAAAUAUUGCAGAAAUGUUGCAGAAAUACAAUAAAAACAACUUAUAAAGGUAAUGUAGUGCAGUGGUUGUCAAACUUUUUUUCCACCAAGUACCAUCCAAAAAAACACUUCACCUCUACAAGUACCACCUUAUUAACCAACAUUAAAAUACAUUUGUGAAGUAGGCCUAAGUAUUUAUUAAAAACAAGGUAGAGGCUUUAUAUAACACGUUUCUUAAUCUGAAUCCUAUUUGUAUUUUGUCUGACUUCUUUGCUUGAUCAAUUCCAUAAUUGAAUUCCACUUACUGAUAUACUAAAAGUUGUAAGUGUUGUACGUGCAUACAAAUGUUUUA